GAUUAGGUGGCCAGAUGUAGAGAGCCAGUUUUUGUGGGAAUUUGAUCAAGGUUAACCUUCUACACUUUCAAAAAGUGUCUUUAAUAAUUACACUUAGGACCUCGGUUUAACAUCUCAUCGAAAGGACGGUACCUUCCCAAGCACGGUGGCCCAGUUACUGUGCUGGGGGAAGAAUACCCAGGCGUCACGGUGGUGUAGUGGAUUGCACUGAGUUUGAAUCCCGGCUGGGGGCUUUCUAUAUGGAGUUUGUAUGUUCUUUCCGUGUAUGUGCGGGCUUCCUCUGGGUGCUCUGGUUUCCUCCCAGACAUGCAGGCUAGGCUAACUGAAGAGUCUAAAUUGCCGGUAGCUGUGUGAGUGAAUGGUGUGUGUCCCCUGCGAUGGAUUGGCGACCUGUCCAGGCUGCAUUCCUGCCUCUUGCCCAAUGCAUGCUGGGGUAGACUGCAGCCCGCCAGCGACCCUGACCAGGGUCGUGUCCAAAUGAGCGCACUUGCCUUCUAUUGAGUAUUCUAGUUGAGUAUACAUUUUUAAUAAUGCUGUUAAGUAUGAGCAAUUUCUUAAAAUUGAGCAGCUGGCUAUGAGAUGGUUACAGGGUGGAAUGGAUGCUUAGCUUCGAGAGUUAGCCAUGAGAAGGGUACAAGGUGCUGUGGCUGCUGGUUAAAAAAGUAAACAUUUAUUCAUUUUGUAACAUUUAACUUCCUUUCUAUACAUACCCAAGAUGAAGUUAAUGCCCACCUCCUGCAGGAAUUAUAGCAGUAAUGAUGAACAAUAACAACUAUACAUUAUUUGCUUGUGUACACAUCAGUAAUUUAUAAUUUUGCACAUGUGUGAAUCAAUAUACAAGUGCUUCCCACAGGUGCAGAAAGUACGUCAUUAUAAUUGGUUGGGCAUGUUUUAUUGUUGGAGAUCAUGUUAAUUAAAUUCUUUCAUUUUAACUUUACUGCUCUCAUUCCCAGUGGAACUGGGCCUUAAGGCGUGGCUUUCAUCUGGUAAGCAUGACAGAAUCAAACUGAUGUCCUCCUCUCAGAUGAAACAGGUUGGGAUUCUUUGGUAAUGUUUUGUGAUGAUGAAACUAAUGUGAUCGUAACAUAUACCUGAAACAAAAGUACCUGGCUAAUGAUCUAAAUUGUAUCAGUCUUUAAAAAGUAAUUUAAAUGUACAAAGGAGCAUGCUACUUUAUGAACAUGUAGCAUAAGGUUUUGAGUUAUGAAAAUAAAGGCAGAAUGAUGCUUCACACUUUUGUGGAUCUACAUUUAUCUAUCCUUCAAAAUGUUUGAUAAGUUAGAGGAAUCUUCAUAAUGUGAGAUGAAGUAAUAUAAUUUCACAUCUCCCCCCGUCUGGGGACCUUUUCCUCCAUCUAGUUAGAGUCUUAAGCAAAGCUUUAACACUGGAUAAAUAUUGAUUACAUUUUUAAUUAAGGGAGCUGCCACUGCCAUUUCCACAUGGCGGGAGGCAAACUCCCUCUGAGACCCCCAGCUUUACCCUCAAAAAUCAAUUAAUGCUGCCUUACCUUGUGACUGCCUUCGCCAAUGCGCACACCGCAGCACAUAUUUGUUUACUUUUUAUUCAGAAUGAGUUUUUGAUGUGGCCAAUGAAAGGUGUCUCAUAACAUUUGCAAGCCUUGCUUUAAUUCCCUCUUAGAAAUACGGAUGUCUCCUUAAAAUAGCUGUGUGAAGUAUAAGGGCAUUGUUCUUUCUUGACUAAGAUCAGUGCAGAGGUACCUUCAGUUUUUAUGAACAGUUGAGCGCGCUUGUCCUGACAAUAUCUGCAUUCGGAAUUUAUUUCAUUGGCAUCUGUUAUGUAAAGCUAGUAGAACAGGCAAGAAUUGUUUUGUCUAGUAGAGCACCAGAAGUGCUUAGGAGUGCUGAGAAGACACAGGAAAGCAGCCCCCCAUGCACUGUCUAAUAUCAUAAUGCUCUUUGAUCCAUACAUCCUGCAUUAUAGCAGCAUGUACAGAUGGGCUGGAAUAUGCAUAGAUCAAUUUUCUUGGUGGCCCCUGUUCUACGGCAACACAGUUGGUUGGUGGAAAACUGAAUUGCAGAUGCUCUUUGUUCGCACAUAAUCGUGUGUUUGUGCAGAGAGCACAUCUGAAAUUAGCAGCAUCAUGUACGAUAUGAGGAUGGACGUUGGUUUGCCUCUGCUAGUGUGCAGCCUAUUAGGAGCAGCAUUAUGGCCCGCCCCUGCAUUUUCCCUGCACGAUGGGGACGGGCAGACCUACAGUAAAACGGGCUGAGGGAAGUUGCAGCUCUGCAGCUCAGCGACCCGCUUGUUUGUUUUAUCCCUGGCUCUUCGCUUUGAGGAAUAUGGCUGACUCAAAACUGCCACAGUGUUGUCAUCCUCCUCCCCUCUUCUUGUUUUGCAUUCACUUCCUUCUUGUCUGAGCCUUUUCCCACCAGCCCCCUCUCUGGCUGUUUGGCUGCCUGGCUGGCUGGCUCCCUCCCCCAUCAACAAGCAAGCAGUAAUUGGUAUUCAGAGAGGCAGCUGGGAUCCGCACAUCGCAGACGGAGGGGGAAUUCAGAGGUUAGAGAGUGAUAAUGAUGCACGAGAGGAAUAGAACCAGGCCAAAUUGAUGGAUGUUCUACAGGAAACCAGCCUUGCUGUGCCGGCUCAGGACCCAACACAGUGCAAUGGGGUGGAUGAGAAAGGAUCACAUGACCGGGAAAGUAAUGUGAAGACGUGUGGUGCUGCAGAUGCUGCCAUUCCCCUCCCUUCACCUGCUGCUGCAGAAAACACGCAGAAGGCAGGCCAGGAGACCCAGAGCGCUGUGCUGCGCCCUCCCUCUCCGCUCAUCUUGAAUGAGGCCCCUGCACCCGCUGUACCAGAUGAAUCCUGUACCCAUGCCAUUCCUCUCACCUCCUGUAUCACCAAGGCAGUGAGUCCCUGGUCGCUGCCAGAAGACUGCGAAAAAACACCAUUUAGUAUGAUGGUUCCAGGGGGAAUCUCCACCUUAACAGGAGACUGCCUGAUGCAGCCAAGUCGCACUUGCCUUGGCUAUUUUAUUGAGACCAAGGAUGCCGCCGACCCCGAGCCUGGGAUCAGUUUGAAAAUGGGAGACUUGGGCCGGGAGUAUGACUCUUGUUCCAUCCCUGAUAUGAGCAUGCAGGACAUGAGCUCAGGCAACAGCAGCCGCUACAGUGAGCAGCUCCUCUCUGACCAGCUCCUCAGUUACCCAGUACACAAAGUCAGGGCAGCAGAGAAAAGGGAUGCAGAAAAGUUGGACAGCGACUCUGAGGAACUCACGUCUAAGAGCAUUUAUGAAGGCCUGCAUCUGGACAAGUGCAAUGGCGAGGAGGCCCUGCUAGCUAACCCCAGUCAGGACUGGGGCUGCUUCGAGUCCUUCAUCAGCGAGAGUAAGAUAGAGCUGCUGGACCUCUGCUCCAAGAACGAGCUCUCCGUUAACCUCUUUUCAGAAGAGGAUGUAGAUAACUACAUGUUUGAUGAUGAUGACUCAACAUUGAGUAGUGAUGUGUGUUCCCUGAAGAUCCGUUAUGAGUCCUUCCAAGACAAUGUGCGAGAGAAGACAAAUGCCCUGCAGGAAGAGGCCCAGUUUAAUUUUUUCCCAACCGUCCUCGUCAAUUGUGCCAAGAAGGAGAGUGGAGCUGUCAGGAAGACAGCAGACAGGCUGCAGCUGAAAGGAGACGAUAUCUGGGCCGAGGAGAAGGUUGACAAUGGCAGCUUUUCUGCUGAUGUCACACCGGACGUCAGCUGUGAAAGUAACUCUACUGAAGACUCUGGCGAGUACAGCGAUGACAGCUCUUGCACUGGGUCCUCCUGUGAUACUCUGCAGGAGGCUAAAGGUAGCCGCCACUUUCUCUCCAGAGAGAAUUCAAGCUCAUCUAGUCAGUUGAACUACGGACUCCGUGCAAAGAGAAAAGUACCAUUUAGGGAGGACUACCUCUAUGACGUUGACUCUAUUGAGAGUGAGCGGAACACUGAAAAACGUGAUAAGCAGCCAGCUGGCAUAAAAGAGGAGGAGGAUGAUGACUGGAGUCCAAAAAAGAGACGAAAAUCUUGUCGUAAGGAGCCCCCGGUGAUGAUCAAAUACAUCAUUAUCAAUAGGUUCAAAGGGGAAAAAAACAUGCUGGUGAAGAUUGGGAGAGUCCAUCCAACUGACCUACCAGUUAGCAUAAACAAGGACUCGCUACACAAGUAUGAAAAAUUAGCUCCUCUGAAAGAGUACUGGCAAAAGAUGCAGAAGGAAAGAAAGCCGCAGAGUAGACGUGUGCUGGGUGAUAAACACAAAUUUCGUUUGAAUGGUUGCAGACGUUCAUUUAGUUCUAGUCUCCCCAAAUGGAAAUACAAGAUUGCAAAUAGACUCAGGAUUCAAACAAUUGAAACUGUUGAGCACACGAACAAGAAGAGCUCCUCUUCUAGUCACAAACAGGAAAGCGGCCAUGAAGAUGAGGCAGUCCUCACCGACAUGCCAUUAACACUAGCCGCCUCCAACUGUGCCAGAAGAUUAGACCAAAUAGAUGUCAUGCACACUGGCAGAGCGAAGAGCAGAUCACAGGAACGAGAAGAUAAGAGAAUUGGGAAUAAAAUCCUGAGAAUAAGGAAAUUCAAAAGUGAAGCCAGACUGAGGAGUACAAAAAUGAAAGACAUGCAAGAGGAUUGCAAAAGUGUGACAAACCUAAUAGGGAUUUGCCCUAUGUUAGAAAACCAGAGCUCUGCCAGGGACUUGAAUGAUACAACAGUUGCCUCAGCUGCAAACAACCCCCAUUUGCGUGGAAAGUAUGUUGCCAAUGCCAAUGAAAAGUGCACUUUUAUACCAGCUGCCUGCUCUCCUGAGAAAAAAAGUCAAUCUCUGACUGUGGCAGCAAGUGUUCCUGUUGUCCCUGGAGGUUAUCUGCAGACCCUGUUAGAUGCAUCUGAAUCAUCCAGUGGUGCAGGGAUCUCUUAUUUCCCUCAGCAGCUUCCCAAGGAUUACCAGCUUAGUGUUUCUCAAGAUGAGAAACAAUUUGCAUCUCUUCAGCUUGCCCAGAGCUGUGUGCUCUCCCCUCCCUCUGAAUCUGAGCUCCAGCAUUCACCUCAAAACUGCACCAACCAGAUGGAGCAAAAUUUCACUCAAACAUGGAGUUCACAGUCUGCCUCUAACCAGCCACCAGUGGCACCCAGCAAAACAGGAUCCCCUGCUUUACCUGCCAGCUUUGUUAGCCCCAUGCCUGUGUUAAUGGCUAGCAAAUUGUCGAUCUCAGGGUACGGUCAGGGGAACCCGAGUGACAACAGACUUGUACAUGAGAAUUAUCUCUCUGAGCAACACCUGCAGCCUGAUGCAGACUAUCAAGUGUGCCAGGCACCAUGUGGAGAAGGCCAGCUGCAGUUUCAGAGAAGCACUAUAAACACAGAGGAUGGUAGUCUCAUCAGCUUAGUUUCAAUGGGCUCACUGUCAGACACUUCCAGCAGUUACAGCUCACUCACACUGAAGUCCUGUGGGAAGGACAGUGAAGAGGACAUGAACGAUAACUUUUUGGCGCACUGCAGUCCAAAACUAGUGAUACAGCAAAGCAUUGAUGAAAUCACACCCUUGAGGGAGUCCACAGACCUACUGGACAUUUCCAACUUUACUCCAGAUAAGUUCCGGCACUCAUCUCUAUCUGAAAUGUCGCCCCCAGACACACCAAAUUUAUCUCCUCAGGAGACUGGGUCAGAGAUAAAGGGAAGUGGAAUAACCAAGUAUUCCACAGAUGCAGGUGAAGUGAUUCUGGGUAGCACAGCAGAAAGGAAUUGGGACUGUAGUGGCAUGCCACGGCAGGUGCAACAUGGUACAUCUUUCACUAGGAGUAGCCACCAGCUCCAGCUCCAUACUUUCAAUGAUGAUGACAGCAUAGAGCUGGUUAAGGACACCAGUUUAGAUAGCUUUGACAAGUUGUCUGAACCAAUCAGUGGCACAAAAGGCCCAAAAGCAAAGAAGAAAAUUGGGAAGCAGUAUUCUGUACUGGAACAGAAAGGUGCAAAGAAAACAAAGGCUCCCAGAGCAGCUAAGGGUGAAAAGAACAAAAGCCCUCGACAGAAUUCUUGUUCAACGAAAAAGGUUAAAUCUCUGCUGGAUGGGAAGGCUGCUAAAGGUCAGACAGGAGGCACAAAGAUAUCCCAAAAAGUUAUGAAUAACAUGUUUUCCCCUGCUGACUCGAUGACAGUGGCUGGUUUUCACCCACUUUCAGGGGAUUGGCCCUUGCUGAAGGAAUCUGGAAUGGGUCAGUCCGAAGGCACUAACCAUCUAGAUGAUGGCCAACGGGAGUUUGAGGAGCCUUCUAAUAUCCUUUCCAACAUUGCCUCUGGGAUGGCAGAGGUUCAGAGGUUCAUGAUGGCCUCCAUUGAGCCACUCUGGAGCCCUGGUUCUGGAGUCUGCGUGCCUCAAGAGGCUAAUAGUCUCAAACUAAAGACUCUCAAAAUCCUGGCAGGUACGUCGCCUGAUUCAAAGAAGAAAGGUGCAUGUGCUGCAAACACUGGAGCUGUGAGAGGAAGGAAGUCAACCAGCAGGGGUGGAAAAAACCAAGCUAAGCUUAACUCCUCCCACCCCUUCUUUCCCCCUCUUGCACUGGACUACAACAUGUUUGACAGGCCCAACUUAGGCAUUCCGGGCUCCAACGCCACGCCCCACAAAAAGAUGUAUCGUCACAAAACUAGUGCCAAAUUUUCACGAGAUGAAAACACUAAGGGAAAGCGAGCAGACCCAAACAAAGACUUAGCUUUGAUGGCUUCUUUUGAGAAACUGAGAAUAUGGACGCCCUCUGUACUGCAGUCAGCCUGUUACAGCCUGACGUGUGUCAUGAACGGAAAACUACAGUGUGACCCACCUUUCCUCAUAGGCCAUAAGUCACGGCAAGAGUGUGGAACACUUGCUAUGCUGACAGCCAGAUGUAUUUCCUAAGGGACCUUUUUGUAUUUAACUCACACCACACUCACACACACACACACACAAACACCUUUACAGUAUAUAUGGUGAUUGAUUCUUUUGUCUUAUUUUUUUUAUUCUUGGAAUGCCAUUAUUUGUUGUGUCUUAAAAUAAAUGUUUUUUGUGGGGCCUUAUUGGAACAAAUGGGUUCCCUGAAGAUUAAUUUCUAUACCCGGAAUACGUUCAAUAUUACUUUCAUUCUGUUCUAUUUCUCUUCAGUCAGAACCUGUUUUUUAUGCUGAUGUAUAGAAACAUAUGCACUAUUUGAAAAAAAAAUUAUGAUGAUGAUAAUAUUGCAAUUCAUGUGCCAAACUAUGAGCAACUGUACAGACAUUUUUAAUUCUUUGAGAAUAUUGGCUGUUUUUGUUUUGGGACUCUUAAGCAAGUUGAUGUUCCAGAGAAGUAAAAUUUUGGGACCCCCUACAUUGACGAACACCUUCAGCUGGCAGUGGUACACAGCCACACAUUUUACCUAAAUGGAAAGACUUUGAUUUUGUUUCAUUCUCAAUGUUACCAUUUUAUUUUGCUUGCCAAGUUAAAUUACCUCAAUGUCAUCUGGCAUAGAAAAGCAGACAGAGGAGAGAAAGGAGCCUUAUUGAAAGCUGAAGGAAAAUGGAGGUUCCAAUCUGGGGGUUACUCAAGCAUAAGAGAAUUGGCAAGAUGCCUGAAGGUUCCCUUGCUGGGUAAAAUGUGAUGGAGGUGGUGCCCACCAACGCUGGGGUUCCUACUGCCCAGGGCUGCCACGGGGACAAGCUGCCAGUGGGACACUGCACUGGGCCUGUAUGGACAUGGGACAUUGCGCAGGGCCAGUAUGGAGAUAGGCCUCUCAUUCCUACUGUGAAUUGAAUGUACUCCAAUGUGAUUCAUUUUGUCUGUGCAAUGUGCCACUGUUGAGCUGAUGCUUCUUAAUGGUGCUAGCAAAGCACACAAACACACAUACCCACAUACACAUGCAUAUACAUGUUUUAAAAAUUCCAGACUUCAAAAAGGAUGAGAAAGAAACCCAAAUCCCUCUGCCCUCUAUAUGAAUGUAUGAUAUACUCUUAUGAUGUAUAAUAUACUCCUAUGUCAUAUUUGAUGUAUUUACACCAUGGUUUGACAUUAAUUGGAAUUACUCUUUGCCUUUGUUUAAAAGAAUAUUGAGCUUUAUAAAUAUUGUCUAGAGUUGUAAGCAGAGGGAUUCUUAAUGGACUCUUGACAUGAAGAGUUGAUGAAAUCUUGUAUAUUUUUCAGUGUGCCAAUUUGUAACAUAUUUUGUAAGUGUAUAUUUUUCUUAGAAAGUGCUGUGAAGUAUUUGUGCGUAUGUGUGGGUACCCUUUUUUGUGCCUUUGUAGGCAGUAAAAAGGAUGUAAAAUGACAAAUUUCUGGUUUUAAAAACCAAAAAUACAAAUGACAAAAAAUGAGGGGAAAAAACAAACCUGAAAAACUUAACUUUUUCACAAACAAACCAAUCCUGUUGUAAGAGUGUAGUGCUAUUGUGUAAAAACAACCAAGCAAACUAAAAACAUGAGAAUAAUAACACAAAUUUGUGUACUCUUUGCUGUUUUAUAGAUUUUCAUGUAAAUUAUUCUAGUAUUAUUUUGUUUUUGUUGUAACUGUUGCAAAGGUUUUAAAUAUUUGUGAUCAAGCCUGUAUGGUGAUAUGUAAUAUUGGUAACUUGCUGAGUUUUGUAAUAAUGUUUAUGGAAUAAAUAAUAAAAAUAAAAAUGAGCUUUUCAUUGCUGCUUUCA